GAAGAAGAAGAAUUUUCAGUUCUUUCCAGCUGUCUGGGACUUCUGCCAACAUUCUACCAAACAGAACAUCCAUUCAUCAGUGCCUCCUGUCUGGAUUGGCCAGUUCCAGCAUUUGAUAUUAUAUCUCAGUGGUGUUUUGAGAUAAAUUCAUUUACUGAAAGACAUGCUGAACAAGGAAAGGCAUUGCUUAUCCAAGAGUCAAAAUGGAAAUUGCCACACCUUCUACAGUUGCCUGAAAAUUAUAACACCAUUUUCCAGUACUACCACAGAAAAACCUGUAGUGUCUGCACCAAGGUUCCUAAAGACCCUGCUGUUUGCCUUGUUUGUGGUACUUUUGUAUGCCUGAAAGGACUUUGCUGCAAGCAACAAAGUUACUGUGAAUGUGUAUUGCAUUCUCAGAACUGUGGUGCUGGAACAGGGAUUUUCCUUUUGAUCAAUGCAUCAGUGAUUAUCAUCAUUCGAGGCCACCGCUUCUGCCUCUGGGGUUCUGUGUAUUUGGAUGCUCAUGGAGAGGAAGACCGAGAUCUUAGGCGAGGCAAGCCUCUCUACAUUUGUAAAGAAAGAUACAAAGUUCUUGAACAACAGUGGAUUUCUCAUACUUUUGAUCACAUCAAUAAAAGAUGGGGUCCACAUUACAAUGGGCUGUGACUUACCACCUUGGCAUUUCAUUAUAUCAUUUUCAUUAAGAAUUUAUCAACAAUAAGCUUUAACUUAAUUUGGGGGAUUAACGCUUUUGCUGAGGGAAAAAAAGAAAACAUACAUUUUAAAGCCUUUCCAAAAUUAGGUGCUUGGUAAUCACAUUAAUGGUAUAAUAAUUUUUUUUUUUUGAAGUAUCUGGAGAGCAUAACAAGUAACAAGUUAAACCAUUCUUUAGUGGUCCUUUUUUGUUUAAGUCCACAAUUAAUAAGAAGCACAACUUGUUGACAAAAUCAUUUUAAAAUGAUUCUCCCAACAGUGCAUAUCUGCUUUUCAUUGAUAUUUAGAGUGGAUGUGAUUUAUUUAAGGUUUUACUGCUUCUUUAUAUCUGUGUUUUAAUUUGCAUCUGCUAAACAUAAUGCAUCCUUUCCCUCUGCCAUUCUUGUGUUGAUUUGAGAUUUUUGCUGUAUGUAAUUAGAAAAAAAUGUAAAACAUGAUUUAUGUGAAAUAUUGUAUAGUAAAAGUUGGUCUAAUAGUAGAACUUUACAAUUUUUUCUUAUUGUGAGGAACCUGUUAAAAGUUUAAGGCUUUGCUGAAAACUUAAUUCAUUCUCAGGAAUUUCAUAAAUAUUCUCCCCAGGUAAAUAACUGAAAUAGUUGUAAAAUAAGUAGAUAGCUGCUGUUAAUAUAGUACAGUACUUUUAGGGGGGCAUUUGUGUGGUUGGGGGAGUCCCUAAAAAUCAAAAUUUGCCAUUUCACUUGGAUAACUUACUUGAGAUAAUAGCAAAUAGAUUUUAUUAUAAAAUCAGAAGUUUUAAGAACAUACACAUGGCAGAUUUUGAUUCUGUGCAUGCCCACCUUUUAUUACCAAUCAAGUUUUUGUUUAAAUGAUGGGAUUGGAAAAAAGCUCCGAUUUCCCCACAAAUGGAGCAUAGUUUUGGAACUUUCCUUAUCAGCUCAAGAGGUUCAUCUGUAUUGUAUUUGUGCAGUGUAAUCAUUGUUAUUUCUGCUUGGAUUCCUAAAAGGGAAAAAAAAACGGCUCAGUGGUGAUGAUCCUCGUGAGUGAACUGUACACCUGCAUUCUUGUUUGAAGCUGCUGUGAAAAGCGGUUUAUGUUUGUAGGGUUUUUAAGUCAGUAAGAAUGGAAAUGAUUGAGCUAAAACCCACUCUGUACUUACAGAAGGAAGAUUACAGAAAAGCAUGUUAUAUAUUGCUGCCACGAUUUUUCUUCCAAAUGAUUCAAUAAUUUGAUGAUUAUUUAAUAUAUAUAGUGCUAUCAAGCAAUUCCUGGUACUUUGGACUUCCAUGGCUUGUUAUAUAAAAUUACAUUUUUAUGUGUAAAAAUAAACUGAAAAACAUCUAAUGGUAAAAUAAAAUCACAGAUCUGUGUUCUAAAAAUUGUUGAAUGACAUGAUACUACAGGAUAUAAAAAUGGACUUUAAAUGAUGGCCUUGCAUUAAAAUAGAACAGAACAGUAAAUAUUCAAAUAUGUUCAAAAAAUCAAAAGAUUACCUAUGGACCUACAAUAAAACACAUGGAAAUAGCUUGCUAUUUUUAUAUACAUUUCCAAGAUAUUAAGGUAACUUUCUGAAAGACUAGAAUGAUUCUGUUUAAUUAAGUAGCUGUCCUUUCCAACACAUUGCUACUUUUUAAAAUACUGUAUCAUAAGUUCAGCCUGUCUUACUUUUUGCAUUGGUCAUUAUGGAUACCAGACCAUUUGUAAGUGUGGUUGAAGAACAAAAUGCUAAUUUACAUCUCUAGUAAUUACUGUUACAGGAUUCAUGAACUUGGAUAAUUCUACAGUUUGAAACUCUGAUGCUAUAUAUACAUGGUAUAAUGUAUUCAGACUUUGAUUACUGCAUAUUUAAAAUGGAAUGUUUUAUGGUUGUGCAUAUGGAUGUGAAGUGAAAAUAUUAGCCUUAACAUUAAAAUUUGGGUAUUUGAUAGUGUUUAUUUUGAUAUUGGUGAAUUAGUCACCAGUAAAAUUUUAAAAAGCACUUGGUUGAAAAUUGUACUUGAAUUACAUACAUGCAUGCUGCUAAACUAGAACUUUAAUUUUUCCCCCAUAACUUUUAUAAGUCCCAUUUAUAAACCCACUUUUAAAAAUAACAGGUCCAAGUUAGAGUGAUGUGUGUAUAUUAUUCAAAAAAAUGUCCUGGUGUGAUAUCUUGUAUGAAUCAUCAUUUAAAUACAGUACAUUACUGUAGAAGCUAAAUCAAUCUUUAUAAUUAAGCAGAAAUUACAAAACUAGGAUAAUCAACAUUGUAAGAUAUGUUAAUAAAAGCCUACUGUCACUUGGUUUGUGAAAGGUC